AGCUCCUCAGUAAAUGUGUGUUGAAUGACUAACUGAAUGAAGGGGAGAUAGAUAUUAAACUAAUUAAGGAAAAGAGAUGUGUUCAGGAAGGGAGGGGGGUUGUGAAGAUAGCACAUUGAGGAUGGGGUUCAGGACCUCUGAGCUGGGAUGAGCAGCUGGGAGGAAACAGCAGGUGCAAAGGCCCUAGGGCAGCCAGUGGCUUGUCCUCAGCACCAUGUAUUCUGUGAGCUGCAUGAGGAACAUUAGGUUAGAAUGAGGUGGGGAGAGCACUGGUCAAUUCUUUGGGGUACUGGUGGUCAAAGCAUGGAGAUGAGGAGCCAAGAGGGCAUACUGGGCAGGGAGGGUCACCAUCUGAUGUGGCCUCUCUGUCCCUGCCCCUCUCUGCAGACGCCUGACUGCUGACCACACCCGCCUGCUGCCACCUGGUUCUGUCCAGAGCCGCUGAACUGCCGUACUGUCCUGGGAUCCAAUCUCCCCUACACACACACAUACACACACACCCUUGGAGAGGCCCUGCAGCCAGAGAGAUGCUCCCGCUGGUCAAAGCCCUCACCUUCCCCAGAGAUCCCCAAACCCCAGCCCCAAGUGAGCAGGACAGGGCUGCUCAGCCAGCCAGCCCCCAGAACAACGAGGCUCAGCGCCUGCGCUUCCGACAGUUCCAGUACUGCGUGGCGGGCGGGCCACACUUCGCACUAGGCCAGCUCUGGAUGCUGUGCCGCCAGUGGCUGCAGCCCGAGGCCCGCUCGAAGGAGCAGAUGCUGGACCUGCUGGUGCUGGAGCAGUUCCUGGGCGCGCUGCCCAGCAAGAUGAGGACCUGGGUGCAGUCACAGGGCCCCCGCAACUGCAGGGAGGCUGCCAGCCUGGUGGAGAAACUCACACAGAUGUGCGGGCAGGAAGUUCUGGCAUCUCUGGACUCUGCCAACUGCCAGGACAGGAGCAUCGGCGAGGAGGAAGACAGGAAGAGCGAGAGGUCCCAGGGAGACCCAUCCCAGGCACUGGAGCAGAUCCUGGAUGCAGCAGCAGCAGCAGCCCCCUCGGGCCUCCCUGAGGAAGGUGAGUGGCCAGAGCCCACCCAGCCCCAGCAGAGUCUGCUCUCCAGGGCGGAGGUUGAGGCGCCCUGCAUCCCCAGCUUCCUCGGCUCCCUGGCUCACUUUCCUCUGAAGCCUAGUAUCUGGGAUGAGCCUCCUUGUGGAAGGGACAGUCUGGUCCAAGAAUGUGCACGGCCCUCCUCAGACCAGCAGGCAGAAGAGGGCACCAUGGACACCGCGCUUCAGGGGAUGGGUGGCAAAGGACCCACCCUUGAGGGGCCCAUGGCCCAGAGCCCCCAGUCUGGUAUGGUUCCAGGCCCCAAGUCUCUGAGUGCUCUGAAAAGUGGUUCUAGAAAGAAACCAGAGAAUGCUGAAGAAAGCAGCCUCCACCUGUCAUUUCCCAAACACACCAAAGGUGGCACCAAACAGGCCGCCACAGGGGUCUCAGGAGUGCCACAGGUACCCCCCAGGAGGCGGCCCUUCCAGUGUGGUGAUUGCGGGCUGGUCUUCACCUGGGUCACCCACUUCAUCGAACAUCAGAAGAUACACCGCGAGGAGGGGCCCUUCCCAUGCCCUGAGUGCAACAAGGUCUUCCUACACAGCUCCGUUCUCGCUGAGCACCGCAAGAUCCACCUGCUGGAGCUGCCGAGGAAGAAAAACCCCCGGAGCAAGAGGCCCAGGAAGCAGGCCCAGGGACGCCGGGGUGGUGGGGGUGAAGCCACUCCCAACUCCAAGAGGCCCUUCCAAUGCAGCAUCUGCGGGAAAGCCUUCCCUUGGAUGAUCCACCUCAUUGACCACCAGAAGCUCCACGCACCCAAUGACCAGAUGUGACCAGCCAACCUCGAGAUGGGCCAUUCUGUCUCCCCUGGGCCCUGAGUCCCUUGGGGAGGGGGGACUGAUAGGCCCCAGCAGAGGAGGGAGACCCCUCAGCCCUCACCGAUCUUUCUCCCACCGAUAGGACUCUUCUGGGAAGGACACUGGCUAUGCAUACUUGUUUCGGGAUUGAUCAUGGACAACUGCUCGGCGGCCUCCAUCAUCUCCUCCACAACGGGAGAAGGUUUCCCCAGGGGUCUCAGCUCAUCAGUAAUCCUGCGUGCUGUGUUUUGCAAGCGGUUCAUUAGCAUCUUGUAUUUCAGAAGCCUUUUCCACGGGACCCAGUUUCCCUGUGAGCACUUGACCUGGCGGCGAUUUCCGCCACUGGGUUUUCAUUUCACUGUCCAUAUCCCAGAGGUUGGUGAGGGCAAGAGCUGGCCAGGGACAGCUCCAACUCUGAAGGAUGCAGGCUAGCUGACCCCUGCCUCCCUCCCACCAGCCCAGCCCACUUGGAACCUGACAGAUAGACAAGGUUGUUUUUCUUUUUUUUCCUUUUCCCUUUUUUUGGAGGUGUGGGGGGAUAGUAAAAUACACAUAACAUAAAUUUUACCAUUUUAGCCAUUUUUAAAUGCACAAGUUCAGUGGCAUUAAGUACGUUCAUAAUGUUGUACAAACUUCACAACCAUCUAGCUCCAGAAUGUUUUCACCUUACCCAGAAGAAAACCCCGCAGGCAUCAGCGCUCAUUCCCCAUCCCCCUCCCUCCAGCCUCUGAUAACCACUAAUCUGCUUUUUGUCUCUACGAGUUUUAGGUUUUUAGAUCUGACCAAAACUGACCUGCAUGUUUUGUUUUACUCACAGAAUGACUUUUUUUUUUGAUGAUAGAUGCCAUUUUUUAAAACCAUAAAAAUCUGGCUUUCUGGUCUGCUUGGAAGAAACAGAUAAUCUCCCAAGAGUGGAGCCACCUCUCCAGGUUGGCUGGAGCAGGGCGCAGGUGGCUAGUGUCCACAUGCCCCACCGCCAGCGGGAGACUGUCCCCACCUGGAUUCAGCUUCUCAGCCAUCCCCUUUCAAAUGAAAGCCUUAAAAGUU